AUGAACGUUUACAUCCACCCCACCCCACCGCAACCUUUGUUUGGAUCGAAAAAGGUCACAAGUAAUGAUUCAGUUUCUCCAUUUUCAUCCACUUCCCAUUUGAGGCCACAUCCAGAUCAUCCAGGCACUCUCGUCCGCGUGCCCGAGCCAGCAGCAAGAAGACCCAAGCGUGAUGAGCCUCGCAGUGGUCCCAUCCCAGCCUGGGUGUAUGAAGGUCCGUCUCCCGACGCAUCCCCUUCGAGCCCAGCGGUGGUGCCUCGGCCGCGGGCCUCCCCAAGCCGCACCGGCGGCCGCAGCGGUGGCGGCAAUGGUGGCAUCGCUGGCAGCGCUGGCACCGGUGAAAAUAUGCUGAGAGGCCCUCCGCAAACCGACACCUCUUCGGGGCUGGUGGAGCUUCAGCAGCUUUUGAAAUUGCAGGAGCAACAGCUCAGACGACAGGUGCAGCUACAGGAGCAGCAGUUCCAACUGCAGGAGAUGCAGCUCCAACAGCAGGAGCAGCAGCUGCAAGCACGUCGGCAAGAGCAACAGCAGCAGGAGAGGCUCAACGAGAUGCGUCAGAACCUCAAAGUCCUGGAGCAGCAGGAGCAACGGCAGAGGGUAGUGCCAAAGGCACCAUUGCUGAGACAGGGCAUGCCAAUGAGCACCAGCAUGCUUACCCCUGCGGCUAUGCAACUGCCGUUGGAGCAGCAGCACCAGCAGCAGGAUUUGCUGAGCCACAUCCUCUUACUCCACCAGUCUGCUCAGCUGCAGCAGCUGCGGCAGGUGCAAACGGAGCAAGAGCGUCAUCUGCGUGAGUUGCAGCAGCUGCAGCCCCCUUGGCAGCCAGAUUCAAGCUUUGGGGGGUACGGCAACGGGAGGCCCAGUGCUGCUGCAGAGACGUCGCCCCAGAUACCCCUGGGCGGUGCUAGCGGUAGCGGUAGCGGUGGAGGUGGUGGCAGCGCCGCUUACGAGGAGUCACCAGCCGAGAUGGAAGAAGAGCCAGAGGAGGCCACUGAGCUGACUCAGAGUGCUUCGGACGCCUCGGAUCUGUGGCAUGGCCUGUGGCGGCAGCACCAAGAGAGGCCACCCUCAGAGUUCAUGGCAUCCGAGCGAUCCAAGCUUGCAUCACAGUCGCAGGCUGAUGGGGAGCUUUUCGGCAGUUGCGAUUUUCGGCAGUGA